ACAGUUGUAGACUGUAGUAGCACAAACACAGGCUCUAUAGUAUACUUAUCGGUUGAUAAGUCAUUUUUUACAUUUAUUUUUCUUCCGUUCCAAAUCCAGAAAUCAACUGACUCGACAACCCAAAAUGGUAAGUAAAUGUUUUUUUAACUUUAUUAAUUAUUUUAUAAUAUAAAUAUUAAGUAGUAUGCAAUGUUUAUACUGUAUAGUAGUAUUAUUUAUAAAAUUAGUAAAUAUUGUUCAAAGAAAAACAUUGAUAAUAUCAUUAAUAUUUUAUUAAUUAUUAAUUCACAUUAUUUUUAAUGAUAAUUUAUUUACAGACAAAGACAAAGAAAAGUAAAAAAAUUUUAAACAAACAAUUUGCUGUUAUGAAGAAGACGAUUAAACCUACAGAUUCUAGAAUGUAUGUAAUUUCAUAAUUAUAAAUUAUAUCCAAUCUCUACUUUAUAUUAAUAUUACACCCAUCAUACAAUUAUUCAGUGAUACAACAGUUAUGUAUAUCAUUAAUACCUAAUAUAUUUAUUUAGAAAAGAAGAAAAAAGAACAAUAAUUAAAAAAAAGAAAAACGAAAAUAAAAUUGUUGCUGUUCGUCAAGUGUAAUUAAUACAAUUGUGGAAUAAUAUGUUAUGAUAGUAUCAUCUUCUCACCUUUGAGUUUUUUAUAUUUUUAGGGCUCAGACAAGUUCAGCUUUAUUUUUUGAGUUUAACACACAAUUAGGACCACCAUAUCACAUCUUGGUAGAUACUAACUUCAUAAGUUUUUCUAUAAAAUAUAAAAUGGAUGUUGUUCAGAAUAUGAUGGAUUGUUUAUAUGCUAAGUGUAAGCUAAUUGUUAUUUUUUAUUUGUACAUAAUAUUUUAAGUAUAUUAUCUUUAAUUUAUUUAUUGACAGGUAUACCGUACGUCACUGAUUGUAUUGUUGGUGAAUUGGAAAAACUAGGACAAAAGUAUAAAAUAGCUCUGAAAAUUGUGAAAGAUCCUCGUUUCCAAAGAAUACAAUGUAUGCAUCCUGGUACAUAUGCUGAUGAUUGUUUAGUUCAACGAGUAACCCAGGUUAGUAAAUCGUUUUGAUCAAUUUGUAUAAAAAAAAAUUGUAAUUAAACAUUUUAAAAUUUUAACUAAUUUUUUUUUUUUCAUUUUAGCAUAAAUGUUAUAUAGUUGCUACAUGUGAUAGAGAUUUAAAACGACGUAUUAGAAAAAUUCCCGGAGUGCCAAUAAUGUAUAUUGCUCAAAGAAGGUAAGUCUAUAAAGUGGGUUUUGAAUAUUUUCCUUUAAUUAUUUCAUUACUUUUUCAGAUAUACCAUUGAAAGAAUGCCAGAUGCGUAUGGUGCUCCUAAAACAUAAUUAAUUUAUACCACUUAACAUUAAUUAAUAUCAUGUAAUAAUAAUUUAUAAUGGUAUUUUAUGGAAUACAUUAAAUUUAAUACUAAAAACACUAAAAAAUGAAUUACCUGUAAUAUAAUUUAAGUAAUUGUUCUGACUGCAUGUUGCAGCAAUGGCGCCCAGCCUAGAAUAUGUAAUACCUAGUUUACAUUCAGCCGCUGCCUUCUCAAAAUACUUCUGUGACAAGCGUUGACGGCAGUGAGUGUUUACAUUGCCCUGCUAAUUAUAGCAGCAUGAGCAGCAAUUGACAGGGAGUACGAGCGCGACUGUGUUUACAUUCUACUCGAUCAGUCACAUUAUGUAGUAAUUGAAUUCGAACAGAAUUUAAACACGUACUCGCAUUUCCGAUUAUGUUGCUGUUCGCGCUGUUCAGUUUACCGCUCUUGACGGGAGCGUCAGUGCGAGAAGCAUAAUCAGCGCGAGUGACGUGUUUACAUACUCGCACUGCCCAUUUUUAUGCUCACUGCCACGGAUGUGGGCUGAAUGUAAACUAGGUAUAAGGUGUAGCAACAGCUAUUCCUUUAAUGAACAAACUCUAAAUAAUAUUUAUUAACUAGUACAAUUUUGGUUUGAUCUAGAUAUGUGUAUAUCAUACUUAACAUAUUAUGAAAUAUUUGGGCGCCAUAAUGCAGCAGUAAAUUUGCAACUGCACUGUUUUUGGAUCUUCUCUGCAUUGUUGAAUCGUGCAAUAAUUUCCAUCAAUAUAUAAUUUUUUAAUAUGUUGAAUAUGAAUUUGUUUAGAUAUUCAUUCCUAGCAUUCC